AAUCUUGAGCAAUCGAUGUACUGCUUCUAGGCAAAGUUGCCUGUAUGAUCGACUCGUAAUGUCUGUUUACGUAAGUCUUCUCAGCGCGCGAAAAAGCUGUGCUAAUCCCGCGUUUGAGAGCGCAGACUAGUGUGGAAUAUAUCACUUUUGGUCCUCCAGUUGAUCAACAUGGGAAUUCACGGCCUUGCAAAGUUAAUAGCUGAUCAGGCGCCGGCAGCCAUCAAGGAGCAGGACAUUAAAAAUUAUUUUGGCCGCAAGAUCGCUAUAGAUGCCUCCAUGUGCAUUUACCAGUUUCUGAUCGCAGUGAGACAAGAUGGAAACGUUUUACAGAACGAAGAUGGCGAGACGACAAGCCACCUCAUGGGCAUGUUCUACAGGACUAUCCGAAUGCUGGACAACGGCAUCAAGCCUGUGUAUGUGUUUGAUGGGAAACCUCCGCAGCUCAAGUCUGGAGAGUUAGAGAAGAGAGGAGAGAGAAGAGCCGAAGCUGAAAAGCUGCUAGCACAAGCACAGGAAAUGGGUGAACAGGAGAACAUCGACAAGUUCAGCAAACGUCUUGUGAAAGUCACCAAGCAGCAUAAUGAGGAGUGUAAAAAACUCCUCACCUUAAUGGGGGUGCCUUAUAUAGAGGCUCCGUGUGAGGCCGAAGCCAGCUGUGCAGCUCUGGUGAAGGCGGGGAAAGUGUUCGCCACAGCAACUGAAGAUAUGGAUGGAUUAACGUUUGGCACAAACGUCCUGCUGAGACACUUAACCGCUAGUGAGGCUAAGAAGCUUCCCAUCCAGGAGUUUCAUUUCAGCCGCAUUCUGCAGGAAAUGAACUUGUCACAUCAACAGUUCAUCGAUUUAUGUAUUCUACUGGGCUGCGACUACUGCGGCACAAUCAAAGGAAUUGGACCCAAGAGAGCAAUUGACCUCAUCAAACAACAUGGUUCAAUUGAAGAAAUCCUUGACAACAUUGACCAGUCUAAACACCCUUCCCCAGAAGACUGGCUUUAUAAGGAGGCUCGAGCCCUGUUCCUGGAGCCUGAGGUGGUGGACUGUUCCACCGUGGAGCUCAAGUGGAAUGAGCCUGAUGAGGAGGCACUGGUCCAGUUUAUGUGCAAUGAGAAACAGUUCAGUGAGGAGCGCAUCCGUAACGGCUCUAAGAAAAUAAUGAAGAGCAGACAGGGGAGCACUCAGGGGAGACUGGACACGUUCUUUACCAUCACAGGGUCCAUCUCUUCUAAACGCAAGGAGCCUGAGACGAAGGGCUCAGCCAAGAAGAAACAGAAGAUGGGGGCAACACCAGGCAAAUUCAAGAAGGGCAAAUGAAAAAAAAUGCUGAAGUGAACGUCUGUGGGUCUUUAAGGAGCCGUAACUAUAGAGUGCGCUGUAACAGUCCUUGUGUUGCUUCCUGUGGCCUUUUCAUAUUGAAAAGUUCCCUGAAACAACACAGCACAGAAAAACCUGUUUUUAUUAACUUGUUCCUGCUUGAUUUAAAUAAAGAAACUUUUCUAAACAA